CAGAAAACUUUGCCCUGGAUCUCCUUCAACGUCAUCUCUGACACCUGCUUCCUGGUCGACCUGGUCCUCAACUUCCGCACAGGCAUCCUAGAGGGAGACGACCAGAUCAUCCUGGAUCCCAAGGUUACAUUUCACACAAUUUCAAGACAGCUGGAAACAGAGGGGGAUAUUGACAAAUGGUAGAACAGUAGGAAGGGUGGACACAGGGAUUUCAAAUAAAAAUGUAUUGGUCACAUGCUGAGAAUUCAACAGGUGUAGACUUUACAGUGAAAUGCUUACUUACGAGCCCAUUCCCAACAAUGCAGAGUUAAAAAGUAAGACAAAUAUUUGUUAAAGAAAAAAGAAAAUAGUAACACAAUAAAAAACAAUAAAGAGGCUAUAUACAAGGAGUACCAGUACCGAGUCAAUGUGCAGGGGUACAAGGUAGUUGAGGUAAUACAGUAUGUACAUGUGAGUAGGGGUAAAAGUGACUAGGCAAUCAGGAUAUAUAAUAAACAGAGAAGCAGCAGCAUAUGUGAAGUGUGAAAGUGUGUGUGUGGCGUCAAUAUGCAUGUGUGUGUGUGUGUGUGUGUGUGUGUGUGUGUGUGUGUGUGUGUGUGUGUGUGUGUGUGUGUGUUUGUGUGUGUGUGCGUGUGCGUGUGUGCGUGUGUGUGUGGACAUGUUUAACUAUAAUUGUGGGGACCAGAAUUCCAAACAAGAAUAUUAAACAAACAAAAAUUUGACCAACUGGGAUAUUUUGUUAGUCCCCACAAGGUCAAAUGCUAUUUCUAGGGGGAUUAGGGUUAAGGUAGAAUUAGUGUUAGGGUUAGUAUUGGGUUUAGGUUUUGGGUUAGGAGUUAGGGUUAGUUUUAAGGUUAGGUUUAGAGUUAGGGUUAAGGUUAGGACCGAGUUUGGGAAACCCUGGUUUAGUGAGUGUGCAUAGAGCCAGUGCAAGGGAGUCAGUGCAAAACAAUUAAGAUAAAGAAAUAAAUAAUGAAGGGGGUCAAUGUAAAUUGUCUGGGUAGCCAUUUGAUUAACUGUUCAGCAGUCUUAAGGCUUGGGGAUAGAAGCUGUUCAGGUGCCUUUUGGUCCCAGACUUGGCGCUCCGGUACCGCUUGCUGUGCGGUAGCAGAGAGAACAGUCUAUGACUCUUUGACAAUUUUUAGGGCCUUCCUCUGACACCGCCUGGUAUAGAGGUCCUGGAUGGCAAGGAGUUCGCCCCAGUGAUGUACUGGGCCGCACGCACUGCCCUCUUUAGCGCCUUGCGGUCAGAUGCCGAGCAGUUGCCAUACCAAGCGGUGAUGCUGCCAGUCAAGAUGCUCUCAAUGGUGCAGCUGAACCCAAGUCUCCGGUGGGGAGUAUAUCUGACUGGCCGGGAGUGUUACCACUAGUGACAGGCUUUGCUGCAUUAGCCUCUCAAGUCCACUGUUAUUUUACUAAUAAUAUCUAUUUACACCUUGUCUAGAAAUAAUACAUUUUUAUUAUUCAUUCUGUAGGUAGGUGAAGCCCUUUGCACUGAUGCAUUUUAUUGUAUGAAAUAUGCUUAAUAAAUACAUUUUGAUUCAAUGAUUUGAUGAAGGUCAAAUCAAUCAGUCAAUCAAUCAAUCAUUUAAUCAUAGGUGAUCCGUAUGCACUACCUGAAGACUUGGUUUGUGGUGGACUUCAUCUCCUCCAUCCCCAUGGACUACAUCUUCCUGAUAGUGGACCUGGAGGCCCAGAUGGAGGCUUCGGACGUGUUCCGCACGGCCCGCGCCCUCCGUAUCGUCCGCUUCACCAAGAUCCUCAGCCUGCUGCGCCUCCUGAGACUGUCCCGCUUCAUCCGCUACAUCCAUCAGUGGGAGGAGGUGAGGGAGAGGGGGAAGGGAGGAGUUUUAGUGUGGACAAUAGUGGACUGAGCAUAUUUGAUAUAGGAUAAGGCUAUAUACUUAAACGCUGUAUACUCACACACUCACAUUGUAAAAUCACUCAGUCAAAGAUUCACUCAUACUCAUACUGUCUAGAAAUUGAUCCAAUAGCCAUACCUCUCUAUCGGCAUGGAAUACAGUGAGCUCCAAAAGUAUUGGGACAGUGACACAUUUGUGUUCAUUACGCCCUGUACUCCAGUACCUGGAUUUGAAAUGAUUUAACUUAAGGGUAUUUUCAUCCAUUUCGGGUGAACCUUUUGGAAAUUACAGCACUUUUUGUACAUAGUCCCCACAUUUUAGGGGAGAAAAAGUAUUGCAUAAAAUACACACAAAAAAUGUCAUUGUCCCAACACUUUUGGAGCUCACUGUAUACCAUAUAAUUAUUAUUGUGUCCCAAAUGGCACCAUAUUCCCUUUAAAAUGCACUACUUUUGACCAGAGCCCUAUGGGACCUGGUCAAAAGUAUCACACUGUAAAGGGAAUAGGGUGCCAUUUAGGACACAGCCAUUGUAAGUCCUUGCCAGUGUUGACAUUCCUCUCUAUAACUCUCCCUCUCAGAUCUUCCACAUGACCUAUGACCUGGCCAGUGCUGUUGUGCGUAUAGUGAACCUGAUUGGUAUGAUGCUACUGCUGUGCCACUGGGACGGCUGCAUGCAGUUCAUGGUGCCCAUGCUGCAGGACUUCCCACCAGAGUGCUGGGUCACCAAGAACAACAUGGUGGUGAGUGAGGACUGGAAGGUGGCAGUGCCCACGUGGGUUAUAACAAUAAAUAAUCAUAAUACAUUUUAUUUUAACACCCAAAGUUACUUUACAUAGUCAGCAAGAUAAUCAGCAAGAUAAGAAAGCAAUCAAAAUAUCCUGCUCAUCGAAUACAUUCCUAUUCAAUAUGACACCCCUUUGCUACCUCAGUCUUACCUCCUCACCCGUUGUUUCUCUCUUUCACAGAAUUCCACAUGGCAUAUACAGUACUCAUAUGCCCUGUUCAUGGCGAUGAGUCACAUGCUAUGUAUAGGAUAUGGUGCCCAGGCUCCCGAGGGCAUGACGGACGUAUGGCUGACCAUCAUGAGUAUGAUCGUGGGCGCCACCUGCUAUGCCAUGUUUCUGGGCCAUGCCGCCAACCUGGUUCAGUCCAUAGACGCCUCCCGACGACAGUAUCAGGAUAAGGUACCCAGCUCUUUGUCUCACAUGAGCAAAGAGUACUUUUACAAAUAGAUGAGAAACAUAUACUCUAGAACAUUGUUGUGCUUUGUUCAACACAGUACAGUACCACAUAAAUCUAAGUUUUACAUCAAAUAUGUACAGUCUGCUGCCCUCUUAGCCAGGUCUCCCUUGUAAAAGAGGUCUUCUGACCUCAACGGGACUUACUGGAUAAGGUUAAAACAAAUAAAACAGAUCCACUCACAAUGUUCUCUGUCUGGAACCCAUGUUUUCAGUAUAAGCAGGUGGAGCAGUACAUGUCGUUCCAUAAGCUGCCGGCGGACGUGAGGCAGAGGAUCCAUGAGUACUAUGAGAUUCGCUUCCAGGGCAAGAUGUUUGACGAAGACAGUAUUCUGGGAGAACUCAGCGACCCGCUCAAGGAGGUCUCUUCCAUUACACCUCAAUCUCUUCUCUGUGUCUCUCUCUCUCUCUCUCUUUCUCUCUCUCUCUGUCUAUACCCUUACAUACUUGCAAUCUCUCCUUUCAAAACAGUUGGAGCAAACAUAGAAAGACAAAAGAAAACUAUUUAUAUUUGCCCAAGAUGUGGUCUAUCUCUAUUUCACUGUCACAUACUCUCUACAUACUCCUGUACUGUACUCCUACAGUACUCCUGUAAUGAUUCCUCUCUUCUCUUCUCCAUUAGGAAAUUGUGAGCUUCAACUGCCGCGGGUUGGUAGCCAACAUGCCGCUGUUUGCCAAUACAGACCCUCAUUUUGUAACAGUGAUUCUGACCAAGCUGCGCUUUGAGGUCUUUCAACCUAAUGAUUUCAUCAUACGGGAGGGCACACUGGGGCGGAAGAUGUACUUUGUCCAACACGGCUGCGUCACCGUGCUCCCCCGCGGAAAAAAGGAGAUACAGCUUAGCGAUGGAGCCUACUUUGGGGGUGAGCUGUUUGCGAGAGUGGUUGGAAAGUGUUCUCCACCAAUGUUUUACACCCUCUUUUCUCAUUCACCCCUUUGAUUUACUCUUCUCUGAACUCUCUCCCUUUGUCCUAAACUCUUCCCUUUCUCUUUCUGAUCUUUUUGAUCUUCCUCUAUAUCGCUACUCCUCUUCCCUUCUCUUUACUCAAUUCUGUUUAAUACCGUAGCACCCCAACACUGCGAAACAAUCAAUGUAACUGUUUAAUACAGACAACUUUGUUGGGAAAUAUUAUUCACCUUAAACAUUACAUGUAUGUUGAGUACAUGGGAUAAACUGGGUCAAAUCUCCUCUCCUCCCUUAGAGAUCUGCCUGCUGACCCGUGGACGUCGGACGGCGAGCGUGAGGGCUGAUACGUACUGCCGCCUCUACUCCCUGAGCGUGGACAGCUUCAACGAGGUCCUGGAGGAGCACCCGCUGAUGAGGAGGGCCUUUGAGAGCGUGGCUGUGGACCGCCUGGACCGGGUACAGGGGCGAGAACCCCUCAUGACUGAC